GGGCCGGAGUGGGUGAAGACCAGAGGAAAGCAGGUUGGCGAUUGCCAAUCGCAACAUCUCAGGACUGGAUUGCUCUUAAAAGAAAAUGGCCAUUUCUUUAAACUCAUGCCUGGGCCUCAUCUGCUCCUUGUUGUGUUUUUGGAUGAGGACAGCAUCCCCUCUGAAUCUGGAAGACCCCAAUGUGUGCAGCCACUGGGAAAGCUACUCAGUGACCAUACAGGAGUCAUACCCACAUCCCUUCGAUCAGAUUUACUACACGAGUUGUACUGACAUCCUGAACUGGUUUAAAUGCACACGGCACAGAAUCAGUUACCGGACAGCCUACCGCCACGGGGAGAAAACCAUGUAUAGACGCAAAUCGCAGUGUUGCCCUGGAUUUUAUGAAAGCCGGGACAUGUGUGUCCCUCACUGUGCUGAUAAAUGUGUCCAUGGUCGCUGCAUUGCUCCAAACACCUGUCAGUGUGAGCCUGGCUGGGGUGGGACCAACUGCUCCAGUGCUUGUGAUGGUGAUCACUGGGGGCCUCACUGUAGUAGUCGGUGUCAGUGCAAAAACAAAGCCUUGUGCAACCCCAUCACUGGGGCUUGCCACUGUGCUGCAGGCUACCGGGGGUGGCGCUGUGAGGACCGGUGUGAACAAGGCACCUAUGGUAAUGACUGUCACCAAAGAUGUCAGUGCCAGAACGGAGCGACCUGCGACCACGUCACUGGAGAAUGCCGCUGUUCUCCAGGAUACACUGGAGCCUUUUGUGAAGAUCUUUGUCCCCCUGGCAAACAUGGCCCACAAUGUGAGCAGAGAUGUCCCUGCCAAAAUGGAGGUGUGUGUCAUCAUGUAACUGGAGUAUGCUCUUGCCCUUCUGGCUGGAUGGGCACAGUGUGUGGCCAGCCCUGCCCUGAGGGUCGCUUUGGAAAGAACUGUUCCCAAGAAUGCCAGUGCCACAACGGAGGAACGUGUGAUGCUGCCACAGGACAGUGUCACUGCAGCCCAGGAUACACAGGGGAACGGUGUCAGGAGGAAUGUUCAGUUGGGACCUAUGGAGUUCGCUGUGAAGAGACCUGCAAGUGUGUUAACGGAGGGAAGUGUUACCACGUGAGCGGGGCGUGCCUAUGUGAAGCAGGCUUUGCAGGCGAUCUUUGUGAGGUGCGCCUGUGUCCCGAGGGCCUGUACGGCAUCAAAUGCGACAAGCGGUGCCCCUGCCACCUGGACAACACUCAUAGCUGUCAUCCCAUGUCUGGAGAGUGUGGCUGCAAGCCAGGCUGGUCUGGACUCUACUGUAAUGAAACAUGUUCUCCUGGAUUCUAUGGGGAAGCUUGCCAACAGAUCUGCAGCUGCCAAAAUGGGGCUGACUGUGACAGUGUGACGGGAAGGUGUGCCUGUGCCCCUGGAUUCACAGGAAGUGACUGUUCUACUCCAUGUCCUCUGGGAAGCUAUGGGAUAAACUGUUCCUCUCACUGUGGCUGUAAAAAUGAUGCAGUCUGUUCUCCUGUGGAUGGGUCUUGUGUCUGUAAGGCAGGCUGGCAUGGGGUAGACUGUUCCAUCAGCUGCCCCAGUGGCACUUGGGGCUUUGGCUGUAACCUAACAUGCCAGUGCCUCAAUGGGGGUGCCUGCAACACCCUGGAUGGGACCUGUACCUGUGCUCCUGGAUGGCGAGGGAAGAAAUGUGAACUUGCCUGCCAGGAUGGCACAUAUGGACUAAACUGUGCUGAGCGCUGUGACUGUAGCCAUGCAGAUGGCUGCCACCCUACCACAGGCCACUGCCGCUGCCUCCCAGGAUGGUCAGGUGUGCACUGUGACAGUGUGUGUGCCGAGGGACGCUGGGGUCCUAACUGCUCACUGCCCUGCUACUGUAAAAACGGGGCUUCUUGUUCUCCUGACGAUGGCAUCUGUGAAUGCGCACCCGGAUUCCGAGGCACCUCAUGCCAGAGAAUCUGCUCCCCGGGUUUUUACGGGCAUCGCUGUAGCCAGACAUGUCCACAGUGUGUGCACAGCAGCGGCCCCUGCCACCACAUCACAGGCCUGUGUGACUGCUUGCCUGGCUUCACGGGAGCCCUGUGCAAUGAAGUGUGUCCCAGUGGCAGAUUUGGGAAAAACUGUGCAGGUGUUUGUACCUGCACCAACAAUGGCACCUGUAACCCAAUCGACAGGUCUUGUCAGUGCUACCCAGGCUGGAUUGGCAGUGACUGCUCUCAGCCCUGUCCACCUGCUCACUGGGGUCCAAACUGCAUCCAUACCUGCAACUGCCACAAUGGGGCCUUUUGCAGCGCCUAUGAUGGGGAAUGUAAAUGCACUCCUGGCUGGACAGGGCUCUACUGUACUCAGAGAUGCCCUCUGGGGUUUUAUGGCAAGGACUGUGCACUGGUAUGCCAGUGUCAAAAUGGGGCUGACUGUGACCACAUCUCAGGGCAGUGUACCUGCCGCACGGGAUUCAUGGGACGGCACUGUGAGCAGAAAUGCCCCGCAGGAACAUAUGGCUAUGGCUGUCGCCAGAUUUGUGACUGUCUGAACAACUCCACCUGUGACCACAUCACCGGCACCUGUUACUGUAGCCCAGGGUGGAAAGGAGCACGAUGCGACCAAGCUGGUGUCAUCAUUGUGGGCAAUCUGAACAGCUUAAGUCGGACCAGCACCGCCCUGCCUACUGAUUCCUAUCAGAUCGGCGCCAUUGCAGGCAUCAUCAUCCUUGUCCUGGUUGUGCUCUUCCUGCUGGCACUGUUCAUUAUCUAUAGACACAAGCAGAAGAGGAAGGAAUCAAGCAUGCCGGCAGUGACCUAUACCCCUGCCAUGAGGGUCAUCAAUGCAGAUUAUACCAUCACAGAAACCCUGCCUCACAGCAAUGGUGGAAAUGCCAACAGCCACUACUUCACUAAUCCCAGUUACCACACACUGAGCCAAUGUGCCACAUCCCCCCAUGCCAAUAACAGGGACAGGAUGACCAUUGCCAAGUCGAAAAACAAUCAGCUCUUUGUGAAUCUUAAGAAUGUGAAUCCUGGGAAGAGAAGUGCUUUGGUGGACUGCACCGGGACGUUGCCAGCCGACUGGAAGCAAGGUGGCUACCUCAAUGAACUUGGUGCUUUUGGACUUGAGAGAAGUUACAUGGGAAAGUCCUUAAAAGAUCUGGGAAAGAACUCUGAAUAUAAUUCCAGUAACUGCUCCCUAAGCAGCUCUGAAAACCCAUACGCCACGAUUAAAGACCCACCUGCACUCUUGCCUAAAAGCUCCGAGUGUGGCUAUGUAGAGAUGAAGUCACCAGCGCGGAGAGAUUCCCCAUAUGCAGAGAUCAAUAACUCCACUUCAGCCAACAGGAAUGUCUAUGAAGUUGAACCUACAGUGAGUGUUGUCCAAGGAGUAUUCAGCAAUAAUGGUCAUCUCUCCCAAGAUCCAUAUGACCUUCCAAAGAACAGUCACAUCCCUUGCCAUUAUGACCUGCUGCCAGUAAGGGACGGUUCAUCCUCUCCCAAGAGAGAAGAUGGUGGUGGCGGCAGCAGCAGCAACAGCAGCAGCAGUAGCAGCAGCAGCAGCAGCAGCAGCAGCAGCAGCAGUGAAUGA